AUGUCUUUCUUCUCCUCUCUCAAGCUUCUUCUCGCCCUUGUCCUCACCGCGAGGCUCGCUCACGGCGUAGCCAUAACCUGCACAUCCACCUCCGCCACCCUGGAGGACCUUGUGACCUGCCUCGUAGGCUACACGGUCCCUGCCGGAUUUUACAAUCCUGGUGGAGCAGGCGACUACAGCGUCGCCCAGCCGGGAGCUGGGGAACUAGACGCCUGGCGUACAGCCGUCGAGACAGCACUUAACGUCGAUGGCGACUGCCCGAGCCCUCCCAUCAACGUCCCAGGCCUCGGAGGAACUUACACCAUUGGCCUCUUCACCGAAUCCGUCAGCGGAGGGAAGUCGUUCUGUGUCAUCUCAGAGACGAACACCUACAGCGGAACCACCAACGUCUUCGCCCGCGGAUGGGGCUUCGUCAUCACCACUGCGAACGAUGCGGACCACCAAAGGGCACUUCAUUUCAGUGCACCUCACCCGGUGUAUGACAAGACUACGCCGUUGCAAGCAGCAGCCUUGUUCAAACGCGUCGGCGCCAAGUCGCUUAUCGUCGCUGGAAGACACCGGAUGGCAUCCAGCAGUUCCUCUACAUGUGCUACUCCUAGCAACCCUAACGACACCUACUACAAGACUGACCCUUCUCACGACGAUGAUGAACCCUUCCAUGACGCCCUUUUAGUUACUCGUGAAUGGCAAAUCGACCAGGGUGGUUGCCCCAACAGCAACUGUGCCUAUAUUCAAUGGCACAGGAAAGUCAGCUGCCCCAACUAUGACGUAUUCUUGUCAAGUGGUCCUGGGAAUGGUGCAUCGUCUCACGCGUGGUACCACGGUGCUACUAUCCGCCCCGUUCGGCGCUUGAAAGAAGCGCUCGAUGUCCACAUGGCCCCACUCCCCGGAACCGUUCACGGUCUUCCAAGCACAGCCAACGAUUGCCAACUCACUGCGACCAAGAAUAUUUUCGGGAGGGUUGUGAAUGGCAGGAUCCCACCAACGCACUGCACGACGGAUGCUACCUUGGCCAGCGUUACAGGCGAAUUCAUUCAUGUUGAGCAACCUGACCCGGUUGUCCUUGCAGAUCAUUACGACGCCUGGGAGGCCGCCCUAGUUGACGCCUUCCCCGCGCUGUGA